AUGUCCAACAAAUACGACGUCCACCACACAUUCGACAGCCGAGGAGACUCCCAGCGCCCCAUCACCAGCGCCGACAUAAGCGACUACAUCCCCCAGCAAGCGGGUCGCGAAAAUGAAAACGCGCGCACCCCCUUCGACGUCCUCGAAUGGCUCUCCGUCUUCUACGGCCAGAAAGUUCCUCCGCUGCCCGUGAUACGCGCGCGGGAUGUCGAGCAAGUUCCUGAUCAGAAACUCCAGGAAACCAUCGAGGAAUAUCAACUCUUUACCCCGACGGUGCGGGGCGUGAAGUUGAAUCCCUUUACCGAGAUUGGGAUUGAGGGGUUUCCGUUGAUUGAGGAUACGAUGUUUAAUAUUGUGCGCAGCUUUCCGGCAGAUGAACAGUAUCAGGGUCCGCACAAUUUGAUUUGGUUGGUGUCGAAUUCGUAUUGGAGAGCGGUGGCCUGGGCCAUAUACGGCAACUGGGAACUCUGGCCCCAAGUCAAAGCCCAACACCGUUUGAUGUUCGACCAAGUACUCGCCACCCCCAAACAUCCCCGGCACGCACUCUACCAGAACCUCAACGACAAGCGCAAAAGCCACAACAACCUGAACAUCAAAGAGCGACUCGGGAUUCCCUACUGCGCCAUCCGACACGACGACAUCCAGCAGGUCACCGCCGACAUAUACGGCAUCUUCCUCGUCAUAUUCACAUGUCGCCCGGAGGGACAAGCAGCAAACAUCCCCGGGUUCGACACCGACCAAUCCCCCCGCCACUUUGCGCCGACCAUCCGCGGGGAGUUCGGGCGUCCGCACAAAUUCAUCCGGCUCUCCAUCGGCACCGUGCCCGAAAGAUACAGAAACCAUCCCGACGCGGGCCUGCUGCCACUGUGGCAGAUGUACGAGCCCAUGAUGCUCAACAUGCCUAAUCUUCGACACUCGGAUUUCAAAUACAUUCGUCCGACGUUUGCGAAUACGCGAGGAUCAUUACCCGUGGCUGCGUCCAUACGGCCGGCGAAUUACGACGGGGUGAAUCACCCGUGGAGGGCGGUGAAUGUUCCCUGGAACAAACUGCAUGCUGCUCAACAGGAGGGACUUCCAGAUGCGCUUACACAGCCGGCGAAUUGGCCCGCGACGUUUCCGCACAAAGCAAUAUCCCUCACGAUUGCGAUGGGAUGUAUACUUUUGGGAGCGGGAGAUCCGAAGGAUCCAAGGUCUUGGGUUCAUGAUUCGCGUAGGAUUGUGUGGAUAAGGCCGGACAAGGUAAAGGGAGUGCCAGGGACAAAUAUAGAAAGUCCAGAAUUGUAA